AUGCGCCCAACCAAAUAUCUUCUCGCGCUUCUGGCCGCCACCUCCACCACUCUCGCCGCAGUAGAUAUAUCCGGCCUCCCCCAUGAACUCCAAGAAUGCAUCGAGAUCGGCGGCCUCAACACCGACUGGAAACACUAUGGCCCCACAUACAACUCCGAAGAGCUAUCAAUCGACCAAGUCUGCAAUUUGGAAAAUCCUCAUCCUAUUAGCGGGAGCCGUGUGGGUUCGUGGUGGAGAGAUGUCAUAUUUCCUUGCGUGUGUCAGCGCAACAAGCUUUCUUGGACGGACAAUAGAUUGAUCAAGGGCAAGUGGGCCACUUGGAUGGAUAAAAAUUGUGGUGGUCAUGAUAUCGGCAGGGGUGCUGAGGGCAAGAUGUGUAAGAAGCAGCCUUAG